UGCUUCCUCCCAACUAUCAUGAAAUUGUUCAAGAAGCAGACCUCCACAUUGACAUGUCCUCCCAGGACAAGUUCAAUGACCAGCUUCACUUUGGAAUUUUCCUGAACAAUAACCUUACGAAGUAUUGGGUUGACAAGACCACCAAGACCAAUAGCUUCGUCUUGUUUGCAAGGAAUCUGUCUAUCACUUGGGGAAAUGAUGAACGUUAUUGGAAAUGGACCUACGAAAAGGAGACAGGUGGUGCCUAUGUGGAGGUGGCUGAACUGUUACAAGUAUGUUGGGCUGAGGUCAAGGGGAAAUUCAACACCAAUAGGCUCACUCCAGGGACCUUUUACAAGGUUGCAUUUGUCGUCAAGUUUAACGACGAUGCUUCUGAAUGGGAAAAUCUAGUGAAUCUGAAACUUGAUCUCCCGAAUGGCACCCAGAUUCAACGCAAACAGAACUUCAAGAAUAAACCCAAAAACCAGUGGAUCGAGAUCCUUGUGGCUGAGUUCAGAGUCCAUGAAGAUGAGAAGCAAGGGGAGAUGGAAUUCUCCAUGACUGAAACCAGUGACUUCCAUUGGAAGAAAGGAAUCAUCAUCAAUGGAGUCGUGAUUUAGCCAGCAAUAUAGCUUAGCUAAUCAACCCUAUUUUGUCGCUUGUUGAUCUAAAUUUGGAGAGAUUGAAUAAAUUUGUAUGAGCUUAUGUUCGGUUUGAAAUAAUGAGUCUCCAAAAAAAUGUUUGAUUAAUUUUCAUAAUAAUAUUUUUUGCAGUGCUUGUCCUUUGUUACAGUUA